AUGGCUUUUGCCUGUGGUACCUGUUGGCGGACUUGGCCGUCAUGGAGAUCUCGCGACCAACAUGUGGCCGACACAUUUCACGAGGUCCCCGACUUUGAAUGCGAAACUUGCCACCGCUACUUCCGUAGCCAGAGAGCCGUCGAGCAGCACAUGAACGAUCUCGGCCACUGGAUGGAGUCUUCUGACGAACCCGAGUUUUGCUGCGACUAUGACUCCUGCUCCGAAGUCUUUGAUGAUGAAGACUUGCUUCGAGAUCACGAGGUAGAGGAUCAUUUCUACUGCGAUGCAUGUGAUAGACAGUUUCAAGACUUUAAUAGCAUCAAGAUGCAUCGUAAUAGCCGAGUACAUCGGGGUACAAACGCAGCAUGCCCAUUCUGUCGCGAUUCCUUCGUGACAGCAGCCGGCGUGUUCCAUCAUCUCGAGCAAGGCGGAUGCUCAAAGGCGCCGCUGAAUCGCAUCCAAGUCUACGAAGCCGUCAAACGCCAAGAUCCAAACGGCAUCCUCACCGAGCGUCUGCGCCAUUGGUCCACUGAGACCACUUUCGAAGCCACAAUAGACUCGUGGAAUCCCGACACCAAGGCUUUCGAUUGUUACCUCUGUGGGGAUGGCUUCAGACGUCUUGAUUCCUUGAACCAACACUUGCGGUCGCCAAAGCACCAAGAUAAGCUCUAUCACUGCCCAAAGCCCAGUUGUCGUAAGGAAUUCGGUUCACUCGCCGCCGUGACUGAGCACCUGCAGAGCGAGAGCUGCAAUUUCAUGCGGUUUGAGGAAGUCCAGGAGACGGCGAAGCGCAUUUUCGAUCCCGGCCGCAUGAUUGCUUUCUAG